GUGGGCUUGUCGCAUCUCCACCUUGCAAACAAGCUUACUCCAAGUCUCAUGCGACCCCGGAACAUUGUUCCCUGCCUCUAAUCACAUCUUAUGUUCGGCAAGGUACACCACUGACCCUGCACCUGCUGAUCUUUUCCUUUUUUUUCCCUCUCUGACGACAUGUGAAUCCCGCCUCACAACCUGAAGGAGCAGUGCCUGCCUGCGCAGAGGACUGCAUCACAUGGAUUGCGUUUUUAACCUCCCCUGGGACUGAACCCUUCCCUCACUGAAAGAUUGCCAUCAUGGCUUCCCUCCCGUCCCUGCGGCCGAAUCGCCCGCUGCCUGAUACGCCGCCGUGGCCGACAAACCGAGUCGUCCUGCCGCCUCGUCGAAAGAUCAGCUUGGCAUGCACGAAUUGCCGGUCAAAGAAAAUCAGGUGCGACGGAACAAACCCAUUCUGCUCGGAAUGCAUCCGGUCGGGCAGCCGCUGCCUCUACGAGAACGUGGACAAGCGCAAGACGGAAACAUGGCGAAUCGCCGUCAAUGACCUCGAGCAAAAGAACCACCAGCUUGGAUCACUCGUCCAAUCGCUGAAAUGCGACUCGUUCCCAGAGGCCGUUGAGCGGCUCCGGCAGCUGCGUGGCGAUCAGCAUCAGCAGCCAGACCGGCACGAGGAGAUCACCGUGGGGACACCGGGCUUCAGCGAUACGUCGAGUUCUAGCUUUGGCCUUGCGACUUCAAUAAAUCCCUAUCUGGCCGCGUCCGUUGAUCGGCCGUCUGCGUCGAGGAGUGUAUCUGAUAAUGAUGGCUUGGUUGAUCUGGGAUACGCGAACCUGCCAUGUGAAGACAUGACACGCCAUGCCGUCAACGCAUUCAAAACAUGCGGCGCGACGCUGUUCCACGUUAUGUCGCAAGAGACAUUGGAUGUUCUGAUCCAGAAGGUCUACCAGCACGAUCCCGGCGUGACGCCGAGCGAUGUCUGUCAACUCUGCGCACUUGCCGCGGUGGGCAGUCAAUACUGUACGAAUGAGAUCCCGGCGUUCGCAAAGGAGGCUUACUAUCAGCAUGCUUUUGUGCUGCUCGAUCAACUAGAAGAUGAUGACCUGGCUCAUAUGCGCGUGUUUACUUGUCUUGCUGUCUAUUUGGUUAUGCUUAAGAGUACGAGUGCGAGGACUAUGACUGCGUCCGGUCUCAACGUUGCGCGGACGUAUAUAGAGACUCGAUUGCAGGACACCAAUGAGGAAGACCAGCUGGAAUGGGCCAGGGUCUAUCGUACACUGGCCUGUACAGAGUGUUUUCUAUCGUCUACACUCGGUUACGAACUCGACCUGCGGGCAGACGAGAUAAAGCUGAUCGACGACUUGGCGGACGCAGAGUCCGCUAUGAACCCCAACAACGAGAUAAACAGCCAGAUAAUGCAGCGCUACGUUUUCAACAUAGCCUUUCUCUCUGCACAAGUCUACGAGUGUUUUCGAUUAUCAGAUCAUAUAUGCAUGGACGACCUCCAUACACUCUCCGCCCAACUCGACACCUGGCAUCGCGAACUCCCCCCAUGUCUACAGCUGAGCUCACUCACCUCUGGGGAAAGCAAUACCUCGGAGUGUGUACGGCGGCCUUUACUGUUUAUGCAUAUGAGUCAUAUAUCCUCGCAUAUUACGCUUUAUGAGCGUAUUGUGUCUACAACUUUGAAGGACGCGAUGGGGGCGUCAGAUAAGCAGAUGAUCCGUGAGGUAUUUCGGCUCCCUGCCGACGCGAUACGGAUUUAUGGUUCGUUCGCGCAGCAGCUUGCGAGGAUUAUUAAGCUUCUCUAUGAUGAGGAGGCUGUUCUUGUGCGAUGCUGGCUUACAAUCCACGCCUCCUUCCACGCAACAAUCGUCCUCCUCAUGCUCGCAACCCAACACCUCGCCCUGGCCGUCCCGCAACCCUCCAUCCUGAAGGACAUGGAGCAUAUCGGCGGCUGUCUAAAGGUCCUGCAAUACUGCGCAAACUACGACAUUGCCGCGAUGCGACUCGUCGAUAUCGUCUCGCCGCUCUUUAACCGUCUAUGGCAGAUGAUUGAAAAUCCCAAUGAUGUAGAUAAAAUCGCGCCAUCGUUUUUGCUUUCGGAUACCCCUGGCGCCCCGAGGAUCUCGGCGGGACUCGCACAUGUUGUGCAUCAGGUUGUCGCGACGAUGGGGUUGAGGUAUCAGGAGAUUUGGGUGUGAUUUUUUUUGGUUUCUUUUCUUUUUCUUUUUUUUUUUUU